GCUGUCAUGCAUCCUUCCAGCAGCUGCGCGGUGAGAGAGCAGCCAAGCGCUGCUCCCGUCACGGCCAUCCUCUCUCCGUUCGCCCCUUCGAACAAUGUUAUCUAUAUUCUCCAAACGAUUCUUCGACUGCUAAACUCAAGGAUUUGGAUUGAUUCUACCGUCUAUAGAACACACACACACACUGUAGCUACACGUGCAGAUGCACACAAACGGACCUGGAGACGAGCUCAAAGCCAGAUAGAUAGUGACUAACUGACUAACCUCCCCUCUGGCCUCUAGUUUGCCAUGGCGACGGUGGUGAUGGAGCAGAUCGGUCGCCUGUUCAUCAACGCGCAGCAGCUGCGUCAGAUCCCUCAGCUGCUGGAGUCGGCCUUUCCCACGCUGCCUUGCACUGUGAAGGUGUCCGACGUUCCCUGGGUGUUCCGCGAGCGUCAUAUCCUCACCGGCUACAGGCAGCCAGACCAAAGCUGGCGCUACUACUUCCUCACCCUCUUCCAAAGGCACAACGAGUCCCUCAAUGUUUGGACCCACCUGCUGGCCGCCCUCAUCAUCUUGGUGAAGUGGCAAGAGAUCUCGGAGACGGUGGAUUUUUUGCGAGACCCUCACGCCCAGCCCCUCUUCAUUGUCCUCCUGGCAGCCUUCACCUACCUCUCCUUCAGCGCUCUCGCUCAUCUCCUCUCUGCCAAGUCCGAGCUCUCCUACUACAGCUUCUAUUUCCUCGACUAUGUUGGGGUGGCUGUCUACCAGUAUGGCAGUGCCCUGGCACACUACUACUACGCCAUAGAGAAAGAGUGGCACACUAGAGUGCAAGGGCUCUUUUUACCCGCUGCAGCAUUCUUGGCCUGGCUUACUUGCUUCGGCUGCUGCUACGGUAAGUAUGCUAGCCCCGAGCUGUCAAAGUUAUCCCUCAAGCUCUGCCAAGUGGUGCCGUCAGCGUUGGCUUACUGUUUAGACAUAAGCCCUGUGGCUCACCGCAUCUACAGCUGCUACCAGGAGGGCUGCUCAGACCCAGUUGUGACGUACCACUUCUACCACUUGGUCUUCUUCCUUAUCAGCGCCUAUUUCUUCUGCUGCCCUCACCCAGAGAGUUUGUUCCCUGGGAAGUGUGACUUCAUAGGGCAGGGCCACCAGAUCUUUCACAUAUUCGUGGUGGUGUGCACCCUGAUGCAGAUCGAAGCACUGAAAAUAGACUUCACAGAGCGCCGUCCCUUCUACGAGCGCCUUCACGGCGAUCUCGCACACGAUGCCGUUGCGCUCUUCAUCUUUACCGCCUGCUGCAGUGCUCUCACUGCUUUUUAUGUGCGGAAUCGUGUCCGUGCCUCUCUGCACGAGAAGCAGGAGUAAGAGUUGACAUGAGUAAGAAAAAAAAAACCACUCUGUAGUGACCAUUCAUUUAAACAUAAGUUGUGUUUUUGUCAAUGGAAGUUAUCAGUUUGUGAUAGUGACUUAUUGUUUCUUCAUGUGAUCUGCCACACUACAGUGAUCAAA